AUGUCCGUGUCUUACAUUCCUCGCGCUCGUCCUCGCCUCUCAACCACAGCCAUGAACACCACCUUCGCUCAGAGCCCCUCCAAACUCGCCCUUCUCUCCCACCACAAACUUCAACAGGAAUCCUCAGCAGAGGAGCCGGAUCUCCGCCGCUGUCUGGGCCACAAUGCCGUUCUUUCCAAGACCAUGACUGCUGCCCGCAGAGACUUCAGCCGCUACCGCAAGACCUCGUCUUCUUCUCGUUUCUACGAAGACGACGGUGUCGACGGAUACAUCAACAGAAAAGAAGACCAGGGCAGCGUAGUCCGGGCGCAGCUUGCGAAGGCUGUGAGGGGAUGGAUUCGCAGACGGUCGAUGGCGGCUGAUGCGAAUGCAAAGAUUACUACCACUACUGCCGCUACUACUGUGGCCACGACUCCUACAGCAACUAAGGCACCUACUACCACUACCACUACCCCUCCGAACGACAAUGCGCUGGCUCGCGUUGCGGCAAACAACAACCGGGAUACCGGCAACAAGUGGAGUAUAUUUUCGAGUCUGGUUUCUAUCAAGAAACGCCAAUGCGUGGCACGACUCGUGCCCGGCCGGAAGUUCUGGGCGCAGCCAGUACUCAUGCAGGCCAGUGCUGGUUGA